UAAGCGAGGACCAAACCCAUCCAUCCAUUUAUACCCAUAGAGGUCACCCCACGUGCCCUCCCUCUCCUUCUCAUCCUCUAUUUUCUCUCGCCCUCUCUCCUUGGCAGAUUUUUGGAACGGAGUGUACCUUGUUGGCGAAAACAGCUGGAACGAUCGCCUACUCCGUCCCCACACACUUUCAUAUACUUAAUUGACCAAGAAUGUGUGAUCAAUAUCAUCCCUAAGCUUGGCCAAUACAUCCAUUUGCUCUUGGGACUCUUGGGACCACAUAAGGACGCCAAGGCCAAAAUGACAGGUGGAGCCAAACGCAAGAGCACGGCCAUUAAAUUGGACUUGUCAGAUGAGCAAAAGACCGACAUUCGUGAGGCGUUUAACUUGUUCGACACCCAGAGUAGCGGCUUUAUCGACACCAAAGACCUCAAAGUGGCCAUGAGGGCGUUGGGAUUCGAGCCCAAGAAGGACGAUAUUAAGAAGAUGGUGGCCGAGGUGGACAAGGACAGUUCCGGGCGACUCUCGUUUGAUAACUUUCUCAAUCUGAUGGCGGCCAAGAUGUCGGAAAAAGACACCAAAGAGGAAAUCAUGAAAGCUUUCAAGCUCUUCGACGAUGAUGACACGGGCAAGAUCUCUUUUGUCAAUCUAAAACGCGUAGCCCAAGAAUUGGGCGAGAAUCUCACGGACGAGGAACUUCAAGAGCAGUCAUGAGUUGAAGUUUUUGUUGUUCCAUUUGGAUUUGCUGCUCAACCUGAUCGGAGCUAUAAUUGCCACCGCCACUACUGCUUCCAAAUUCAUGG